AUGUGGACUGAUCAUCCUCAGUUUCUUAACAUGAGUAAAGAGCAUUGGAAUACUUCACAGCAAUCCAACCCCCUAAUCAGAUUGUGGAAAUUGCAGAAAAAGGUGGCUCAUUAUCUCAAGCAAUGGAAUUGGUACUGCUUUGGGAAUGUGUAUGAAGAAGUGGAGAAUGCUGAGAAAAAUUUGGCAACCCUGGAAGCUGAAAUUGGGACUGGAAGUUUCAGUGAAGCUGCACUGCUGGCAAAUGCCAGAAAAAUCUGGCAACCCUGGAAGCUGAAAUUGGGAUUGGAAAUGUUAGUGAAGCUGCACUGCUGGCAAAUGCUGAAAAGAUUCUUCUGGCUACAGAAAGAUUGGAAUUUUUUCUUAAACAGAAGGUUGCCAUCAAUAGAUUCAUGGGAGGGGACAAGAAUACAAAAUACUAUCAUGCUUAAUCUCCUCACUGCACCUCAUUUCACCUCUACACCAGUGGAUCCUCAAUUCUUUCAGGAAGAACUGGUUUAUACUCAGAAACUUCAACUAACCUCCAUUCCAACUGAAUCUGAAAUCUGGGAGGCCCUCAACAUUAUUGAUAAUUCUAAAGUAGCUCGUCUUGAUGAAUAUACAGCUGUUUUCUACAAAAAAACUUGGCCCAUUAUCAAGGAAGAUGUGGUUAAUGCUAGCCAAAGCUUCUUCAAUGGAAACCCCCUCCCCAACUACUUUGCUUCCUCUAGCUAUGUCCUCAUCUCUAAAGCUGCUGUAAGCUAUAACUGGAAUCAAUACAGACCUAUAAGUCUGACUUCAGUUUUCAACAAACUCAUUAGCAAAAUUGUUGUGGCCAGCUACUGCCUGUAUUAUAAAAUCUCUUUCAAUAGAGAACAUGAAGAUAAUUUAGUGAUUAAUGCUAGUAAGCUUCACAGCCUCUCUAAAGCUAUAUAUGCUAAAUUGUACAGCUGGCAGGAUGUUCCAUGGGGUAAAACUAUUUGGAACAAAUAUCUCACCCCCUCUACGUCUUUUUUAAUCUGGAGAACCUUUCAUAAGCUUCUCCCUGUGGAUGAUAUUCUCAAGCUUAAGGGAUUGAGAGGACUUUCCAAGUGA